AUGGCUGCGACGCCGCCCCUGCGGGACCGAUUGAGCUUUCUGCACCGGCUCCCGAUUCUUCUGAAAGGCACGUCGGAUGACGAGGCUCCGUGUCCUGGCUACCUGUUUGAAGAGAUUGCUAGUAUCUCCCACGAGUCCCUGGGGAGCAGCCAGUGCUUGCUGGAAUAUCUCCUGAGACGCCUGCAGAGCAGCUCAGGUCACGUGAAGCUCAAGGUGUUGAAGAUCCUUCUGUACCUGUGCAACCACGGCUCUUCCUCCUUCCUGCUGAUCCUCAAACGCAACUCCGCCUUCAUCCAGGAAGCCACAGUUUUCGCUGGACCCCCUGAUCCACUUCAUGGGACCAGUUUGUACCAGAAGGUGCGGCUGGCUGCCCAGGACCUGGGGGGUGCCCUGUUCUCAGACGCUGUGUCGCCGCUGCCCUCCCCCCAGACGCCCAGGCCGCUGCCUCCUGUUGGGAUGGGCUCUCAGCCCCAGCCCCACAGCGCCCUCCAGGGCUUCGGUUAUAGCCAGCAGAGAGGCCGCGUGGGCUCUGCAGGGGAAGUCUUGCUGUCCACCAUCCAGAAGGCCACCGAAGCUGUGGCAAAUGCUGUGCUUCCGGCGCUUGAGCGGCGAGGCAGCCUGAGAGCCACGCCUGGGGGUAGCACCUACCAGCCUGCCGUGACUCCGUCCACCAGUCAGCUCCCCCCUGGGAGACCAUUCCCUGGGAUCAGCCCCACAACCCGAGCUGUGAGACAUCAGCCCGGGCAGCCCGGGGGUGGCUGGGAGGAACCGGACAGCAGCUCCAGCUCCCAGGGCUCGUCCCAGAAUGGCGGCCAGAGCCGAGUCUCGGACUCGGGCAGCGGUGGUGUCAGUGAUGGCCGCUCGGGGGCCAGCCGGGAGCCUGGCGAGCUGGCCGAGAGGGUGGAGGCUGUGGCCCUGAAUGACUGGCAGCAGGAGACGAGCCUGGUGAGGGCCGUGAGUCGGGGUCCACGUGCCUUCCUGAGCCGAGAGGAGGCCCAGCACUUCCUCAAGGAGUGUGGACGACUCAACUGUGAGGCUGUGUUGGAGUUGCUGAUCCGCCAGUUGGACAGGACCCAGGAGUGCGAGCAGAUGAGAACCCUGUGUGCCCUGUCCACUCUCGGUGGCUCCGACCUGCUGUCCCAGGAGCACGUGCUGCAGCUGGCCCGGCCAAGACUGCAGGAACUCAGUGUGGGCAGCCCUGGGCCCGUGACCAGCAAGGCCACCAAGCUCCUGAGACACUUGGAGGCCUCAUGUCGGCAGCGGUCCCCAACCUGGAGGCUCCCUGUGGAGCCUGGCCCCACUGUCCCUGAGGACACCCGAGCCUGCCCUCCCGACCUGCUAACCGACACGGCACCUUUACCAGGUGGCCAGCUGUCCCUGCCACCUCUGAGUCCAGCCCUGCUCCUUCCCGGCCCUGCACCCACCCCGGCCCCUGGCGACACACGUGUAGGCCCAGAGAGUGUCAGAGAGGCCGAGGUGACCCUGGCCAUUCUCAGGGGGCCGGGAGCCGGGUCUGCCACCCUGGACGGAGGCCCUGAGGCCCUGGCUGUCGGCAGCAGCAAGUCCUUAUUUGCGGGCAUGGAGCUGGUAACCAGGGAGCCUCUCCUGCCCCACUCACCUUCUGAGGCCCCCCAGAUGCUGCUGUCGUCGAGGGCAGCUGCCCAAGUCCCUCCUGCCUCAGAGCUUUCGGCAUUCCCGUUCUUGAACGAGUGA